CUAGUCUACUACUACUAUAAAUAUAACGGUUGAUACAUCCCAGAAUUGCAAAAUAAGCAUUAUCAUAAGCAAAUUGAAAUGAAGCCUGUUUCCAUAUUCCUUGUGUUGUUCGUUGUCUUCCUGGUCGUUCUUGAGUCGCCGGAGAAGAUUGAAGCAAAGUUCAAAUGCGUGGAGGAGUACGGCGGAAAAACUGGCAUGGAUUGUAGCACUAAAUUCUUCCCAACGUUGUGCCGCCAAAACUGCCGUGCUAUGAAAGGCGCGAAAAACGGUAUAUGCAUAAAGAAAAAUAAGCAUACCAAAUGCUACUGCGACUUUUGCAAAGAAUGAUUAGAGUUGCAAGAACGUAUGGCCUCAGCUUCAACGCAUAUCAAAUAAGAGACCCCUUUCGCUUAAGCGUAUCUACUUCCAUAUGAAUUAAUAAAUGUAUGUGCUCAUGUGAUAAUAAUGCCCCAACAAUUUCAUCGACCGUCAACUACUAUCACUUUGUUUGUGUAUGUGUUAUAUCAUUGUAUCAUUUCAUGUAUGCUUAGGUUAUAAAUUUAUAACGUUCCAUUUGCUAAAAUAA